AUGGGGUUUUCACUGUCUUCCAAUUGGAAACAGCUACAAAGAAAACAAAUAUCCAAAAAGGGAACAGGGAAAAAGCGACCCAAAUCAGCUGCUGCUAUCGUCUCCAAAUCUGUCAAAGCAUCUGAACUUUCAAAUAAAGAGUCCACUGUCUCACUGAAAUUCACAGUCACGGAAUCUACCAAUAGAGUAUCGCAUAGAAAAAAAGAAGUCGGCAAAUACUUGGCCAUGGACUGUGAGUUUGUGGGGGCUGGAGAAGAAGGGGAAUCUUCGAUCUUGGCUAGAGUAUCGCUGGUAAACUAUCACGGAAUAACUGUUUACGACACUUUCGUCCUUCCUACCGAAAAAGUGACAGAUUGGCGAACCCAUGUGAGUGGUGUCACUCCCGCGCAUAUGAAAGAUGCUGUUUCGUUCAAAGAAGCCCAAAAAAAAGGUGUCAGAUCUACUAGACGGAAGAAUUUUGGUGGGACAUGA